UUUACAUCGUAGCCUCCCUUUCUCUUUCCCUCAAAAACAACUCCGCAAACACCCUUCUUUCGCUUUUCUCUGUUUUCACUUCACUUCUUCUAUCUUCUGCCUCUUUCCUUUUUACCAAUCAAAGCCUACGCAAAGAACCCUCGACCUAUUUACUUUCAGUUUCUUUUUCCCACUCCAGAGACUAUAAGUAGACUCAUUUUAUUGGAACUCUGCAGAUUUUUUCGCUUACACAAUGGUUGACGUCGACCGGAGGAUGGCCGGUCUUAAUCCGGCCCAUAUAGCCGGCCUUCGCCGUCUUUCUGCUCGAGCUGCUGCUCCUUCAGCCGCUUCUUCUCUUCCUACACGUAACGGUCUAGUCUCUUUCUCUUCUCUGGCUGACAAAGUCAUAACCCAUUUGCGUGACUCUGGUAUCCAAGUCCAGCCGGGUCUUUCUGACGCUGAGUUCGCGAGGGCUGAAGCGGAGUUUGGCUUUGCUUUUCCUCCUGAUCUUCGCGCUGUACUUUCUGCGGGUUUGCCUGUUGGCCCUGGCUUCCCAGACUGGCGAUCAUCCGGUGCUCGCCUCCAUCUACGUGCGUCGCUUGAUCUUCCUAUCGCUGCUAUCUCAUUUCAAAUUGCACGCAACACUCUGUGGUCCAAGUCUUGGGGUCCGAGACCAUCUGAGCCGGAAAAGGCAUUGAGGGUGGCGAGAAAUGCGCUGAAGAGAGCUCCGCUUUUGAUUCCCAUUUUCAACCAUUGUUACAUUCCCUGUCACCCUUCUUUGGCCGGUAAUCCCAUCUUUUUCGUCGAUGAGAAUCGGAUCUUCUGCUGCGGUUUGGAUCUAUCUGAUUUUUUCGACCGUGAGUCCCUCUUCCGGAGCUUAGAGUCGGACCCUAUACUUCUAAAGAAGCAAAGAUCCGUUAGCGAGAAAUCGGCCGGGUCUUCAACAAAUUAUUCACGUAGAAGCUUGGAUACGGGUCUAACCAACGGAGCGAGAACCCCGAGAUGGGUGGAAUUCUGGAGCGACGCUGCAGUUGAUCGCCGGAGGCGAAACUCGGCGUAUUCAUCGUCAGAGUCAUCUUCACCAGAGAGGUUUUUCGAUAUGCCAAGAUCGGAGAUGCCAAAAUGGGUAGAUGAGUACAUAGAGCAAAUAGGGUCGGUUUUGAGAGAUGGCGGUUGGGGCGAAACUGACAUAGCCGAGAUCGUCCACGUGUCAGCAUCCGGUUUCUUCGAGGGGGAGAUGGUUUUGUUGGACAAUCAAGCGGUCCUGGAUGCUCUGCUUUUGAAAGCGGAUCGGUUCUCCGAUUCGCUCAGAAAAGCUGGGUGGAGCUCCGAAGAAGUAUCGGACGCGUUAGGAUUUGAUUUUCGACCAGAGAAGGAAAGGAAACCGGCUAAGAAAUUGUCCCCUCAGCUGGUUGAGAAAAUUGGGAAAAUGGCUGAGUCAGUUUCCCGGUCAUAAAGGCCGCAUCGAGAUUCUUUUUAUUUUUAUUUUUUUCACAUCAAGGCCUCGGGGGUUGUUUUUCUUUUCUUUUUUUUUGAAUAGUGAAAAUUGAAAACAUAUGGGGAAACGAGUUGUACUACGAAAGCAAUAGUAUAAAAAUACUUGGAAAAAAAAAAAAGGGGAAGGGUUAAAAUUACAUGAUUGUUCAUAUGUAUAAAUAAUUUAAUGGUGCUUAUUAAUUAAGUUAUAAUUAUGCUUAUUAGCCAA